UGAUGGAUCUGGAGCGGAAAAGAAAGGGAUUGGGUCUGUUGGAUGAUGGAACAGGAGAUGAUGAUGCAGAGAACCGAGAUCGAUCUAUCACACCUCUUUCAGCAGUAUCAUUUACUAGUACAGCAUCAAGCUCAAAGCGACUCCUGGAAUGGGACUCAGGUGCAGAUUUGGGCUAUGCUCCUGCUUCUACUGGGGCUACUGCACAACAGAUGUCCACAUUGGAGAAGAUUGUGCUUGGGACUUCAGCGCAGCUGAUUCGAGAGGAGCCUGAAGGUGGUCCUAUGGAAGUGGAGCAAAUGAUUCGGCAGCAACAGGCACGAUCACAGCGAGUUAUUUCGAAAAAAAAAGCCCUGUCAUUGGGACAUUUAGAUCAGCAGAUGUCUGGAGCUCAGGAACAGUGUCUACGCAGUGUGAGCCAAGGUGAUGUGCUGGCUCAGGAGUUUGUGCAGUUGAAGAAAGAUGUGUCAUUAGGAAGUUUCAUCAGCUCAUCAUCAUCUGCUACAAUUAUUGCACCUCAGUCUCCUCUCCAUCUCCAUAGUCCCCCUUUGUCUGUGUCAGAGAAGGUGGAAGAGAAACAGACAGAUGAGAGCUUGCCUUGUGAUGAUAUGCUCCAAUACAUCAGUCCAAAAAGGAGGCAAGGUUCAGUAGAGAAUGAUGAGAUUAUUGAAGAGGAGGAUAUCUUUAUUGAGGUGUCUGUACCUGCUUCUCUGGAAACAGAUCUUGCCCCUCCUCUUCCUCCUGGCCCUCCUCCUAAACAAGGUCCUUCGCAAACAUUGAUUACAGAUCGAGUGAGUUUUCAGCGAUUGACAAUGGAGAGACGAACAGCUGUCCAAAAGAUCCUAGAAGAUCUGGCUCGCUUGGAUGAGUGGGAAAGGCUACUCCUGUCAUAUGAAAGUAGUGAGAACCACUCGGGAAGCUUGGGACACGAGCCACACUUGCGUUCAAGUGAUGAUCGCUUGGCAACAGAAGGUCGAUCCUUCAGCGGAUCAGAUGCCCGGGCCCAAGGAUACCAAAGAGGGGUGACAAUGGGUCAGUCUGACACAACAUCUCAACAAGUCAUGGGUGGACCAUCCUCACACCAAAGUGCAUCCACGAGUGACUGUCCAGAUGUGGAACAUUCAGAUGCAUCUUGCAGCACUGCUGUUUCCAGUUUCUACUUCACCACUCGAGCACCAAGGGAAGGAAGGUCAUUGAAGCGGCACUCUCGUCAGCGCAGCUCGCGCUGGGAGGCAAGUGAGUCCUCUGCUUCCACCCCCUCUACAUCUGGUUCUCAAGCUCAUCCACGUAGAACAAGGAAGUCUAGUGCCAGCUGCGUUCUGUGUGGCCAUCACAUCAAGAGGACAUCCACUCCAUUGAUAUGUGUGUCUAAUGUGUCUCAUGGUACCUCCACUCCCCUGGAUGCAUCCAGCACAGUGUCAUCAAACGGGGCUGAGAUCCCCACUGCUCGCCAAGGCUGUCCAAUGCCAAAAAGAGGCUCAAGACCUCAGACAGCUGAAAUUGGAAUGGUGAGUGCAAUCCAUGAACUGCCGCAACAGAGGGCUAGAGCAGGUAGUAUGGGAGACCUUGCAGGAAAGAGACAAUCUAGUGAGGACCAUGCAACUAGAACCAAUGCAUUGAUGGAAGAGAUUCGGAAUUCCCUUGCUUUGUUGAAUGUCAAGUCAAAGAGAAACUUUGGCCAGACCUACCCUUCUCCACAUGGCACCAACUCAAAAGAUAAGGUAGCAAAGAAAAAAAAUGUCAGCAUCCAGACCAUGGACACAAUAUCAGAAGCAGAACCAAAGAAGAAGAAUGUGAGUACAAUGAUGGGACCAGAUGCAAUGCAUAAGACAGAGUCUCAUAAGAAGCCCUUAAAUGCACAUUUAUUAAGUGCUCGGCACAAGGGGAAGAGGAGGAUGGAAUCAGGGAGGCAGGAUGCAAAAGAUGGGAAACCGGUGGCAUUCUUCAUUCCAUGGAAUCAUGCUCCAGUCCACCGACUUCAGAGACUCAAGGAUGGAGAUUUGAAGCCUUUGCAGCAAGUUCCCAAACUUCAGGAGGCCCUGAGGGCAAGGAAAGCAGGUUACAUCCAGCAAGUGAGGCAGAGGCAGGAGCAACUCGUGGUCAGAGCAUACAUGCGAGAGAAGGCAGCUGCACGACGAAGACGCAAACUCUUCCGCUUUCCUUCAGAACAGGAUAGGCAGGAAGAAGAAGAUAAUGACUCUGGACUUGAAGUGCAAGUAUCCCCUCCAAUCUCAUAUCGGGAGAUGCGCAGGGAAGCAGCCCGCAAGCAUAAUGCCCUUCCGGAAUCAAAAGCAAAGAUCCUAACUCAAAGGAGGAACCGGGAGAGGGCCAUGAAUCGCAUUGUGGCUCAUGUUUAUAAGGAGAAGCUGCUUCAUGCUGUCCUGAAGGGAAAGACAACCCUGACUCAUGAAGACCAGAGGGUGUACCAUGGUGUUGUCAUUGUGGUGAAGGGGGAGCGAUUUGUAUGUUCCUCUUCGGUGCUGUGGAGAGGACAUGAUGACUCGGAGCAGGCAGGAUCAGGCUCCCACCGGGGCCGAGGGAUCGGGAGACGACAGGGUCAGGGAGGUUCAGGCCAGGACCGAGGCAGUUCUGGUGGGACCCAUUUCAUCUGUCCAAAGUGUGGUGACCCUUGCACUCAAGUUGAGACCUUUGUCUCCUCAACCAGGUUUGUGAAAUGUGAGAACUGCCACCACUUCUUUGUCGUCUUGUCAGACGUAGAUGCCAAGAAGGGACUGCGUGAGAAGAAUGGAGCAAUAGAUCCUUCUCUCUCUCAAAAGCCCCCUCCUCCACCCCGCAAGGUCUGCACUUUUUCUUGGUUGGAAAAUGUAUUAACAAACAAAUGGCAGAUAUACGAGUACUUGGACAAGUAUGUGGUGGGUCAGGAGCAUGCCAAAAAGGUGUUAUCUGUGGCAGUGUACAAUCACUACAAGCGGAUUUACAACAACCUCCCCAAAGAUCUGCUGCAUAUAGCUGGGAUGGGGCAGAAUGCACCUUCAGGAGGAUACAGUUCUGCACUAGGAGUGUCCCUUUCUCCAUCCUCAUCUCCACCACCUCCACCUCCACCACCUCCUCCUCAGUCUUCAUCCUCAGAUGUCCUUGAUGCCUUGAGUCAUGAGUUGAAGCUGGAGAAGAGCAACAUCUUGCUGUUGGGGCCGACUGGAUCAGGAAAGACGCUCCUGGCCCAGACAGUGGCAACUUGCCUUGAUGUCCCAUUUGCCAUCUGUGACUGCACCACCCUCACCCAGGCAGGAUAUGUUGGCGAGGAUAUAGAGUCAGUCAUUGCAAAACUUCUCCAAGAUGCCAACUACAACAUCGAGAAGGCACAGACUGGAAUAGUAUUCCUUGAUGAAGUAGACAAGAUUGGAGCUGUGCCUGGGAUCCAUCAAUUGCGAGAUGUUGGUGGAGAAGGUGUUCAACAGGGUAUGCUCAAGAUGCUGGAAGGGACAGUGGUGAAUGUUCCUGAGCGUAAUUCCCCUCGCAAAUUGAGGGGAGAGACAAUUCAGGUGGACACAACAAACAUCCUCUUUGUGGCAUCAGGGGCCUUCAAUGGCUUGGAUCGUAUUGUCAGCCGACGCAAGAAUGAAAAGUACCUUGGUUUUGGAGCUCCAGUUACAGUGUCCCCUGGACGGAGGGCUGCAUCCCAGGCUGAUCUUGCCAAUCAAUCUGGCAUCAGCUCUGUGGAGGAGGAUAAUACUGAGAAGGAUGCCCUCCUUCGUAUGGUUGAAGCCCGGGAUCUCAUUGAGUUUGGCAUGAUACCUGAGUUUGUUGGUCGGUUCCCUGUGGUGGUGACAUUCCAUUGCCUGAGCCAGGAAAUGUUGGUGAGGAUCCUCACUGAGCCCCGCAAUGCCCUUGUCCCUCAAUAUCAGAUGCUUUUUGGCAUGGACAAAGUGGAGCUGACAUUUAACAAUGAUGCCCUGGUUGCUAUUGGGAGGCAGGCAAUGGAGAAGAGGACAGGAGCCCGUGGUCUUCGAGCCAUCAUGGAAAAGCUGUUGCUGGAUGCAAUGUUUGAGGUGCCUGGGACUGACAUUGUGGGAGUGCUGGUGACAGAGGAUGCCGUGAAUGGGAAGGGUGUUGUAUACAUCCGAGAAGGAGAUUCUGCUUCUGAUUCUCAUGCUCAGUCUGAACCCAUCUCUAAUGAGAGAAAGAGGCGGAAGGUGGAACUCCAACAACCCACAUCAAUGCGUGGUGGUCGGUGCAUCACACGGGUGUGUUUUGAGGGAACGCGAAUCCACUCUGCUAUGGUGAAGGCAGUGAAGAGCCUGGAGUGGGAAGUGCGUGAGUCACGCGGGGAGAGUCAUUUGGUAUGGGCUGAUGAUUCCUGGUCCUUCCCAUUCCUCUCACACCCUUUCCAACGCUUCAAUCACUUCCCAUCCAUCCAAGAACUGAGUCGCAAGGAUCUUCUAGCAAAGAAUCUCAAUGACCUUCGCAAGAAGCAUCCUGGCCUCUACAACAUCUUCCCUCCCUCCUGGGUUCUACCUGCACAGAGUGGAGAGUGGCGAGAGUAUGCAGAGGAGAACCCAGAGGCAUGUUACAUCAUCAAGCCAUGGAAUCGCAGUGAAGGUCAAGGGAUCUACUUGACCAAGGUGACGCAUGCCAUCUCAUCGUAUGUGAGUCCCCGUGUCGUGCAAAGAUAUGUCGAUGAUCCUUUCACCAUCGAUGGCUACAAGUUUGAUCUGCGGCUGUACGUACUGGUGACCUCUGUGUCUCCGUUGCGGACAUAUGUCUUCUCAGAGGGUCUAGUGCGCUUUGCAACUGUCCCCUAUCAGCAGCCCCAACAAGGAAAUCUGGACAACCGAUACCUUCAUCUCACCAAUUACACCAUCAAUAGGCAGAAUGAUGCAUAUUCCAGUGAUGAAAUCAUGGGUUCCAAACGGUGCCUACAGACACUUAAUGCAUACUUGGAAGAAGGCAGAUGGGAUGUGGUAAAGAUGUGGAAUGGGAUUGAUGAUGUGAUUGUGAAGACCAUCCUCUCAGCUCUUCCUCAGCUGACAGCUGUGUAUCAAUGCAAGCACUUUUCCCAUUCUGUAGUUCCAGCAUGUUUUGAGCUCCUUGGCUUUGACAUCAUCCUUGAUUCCCAACUCCAGCCUUAUAUCUUGGAGGUGAACAUCCUGCCGAGCCUGCACACCCAGGCAGAAAUUGAUGAAGCAGUGAAGGUCCCAAUGAUGCGGGAUGUGCUACGGAUGGUCAAUCCUUCACAUCCAACCCUGCGCCGUCUGAUCAAAGAAGGGCUUCAGUUUAAGGAAACCUUGAGGCUAACCCGGGACUGGAGGGAGCUUGGAGGCAAGGUGGGGGAUCAGAUUAAGUCCCUGCAGAAAGAAGUUGCUAUACAUGAAUGGACUCAGCGGGGAGACUUUCGACGAGUCUUCCCGACGGGGGAUGAGAGUCGAGAUGCCGAGUACCUGAAUCUGACAAAGCCACUAGACAAGAUGCAAGCAAAACGAGGGAAGUUGCAACGGAAUCCUUCACUCCCAGUCAUGCCACCUCCUUCAGCGAUACCUACUAGAAGACUGCGUCCUGGCAUGACAAAGCAGACGUCCUUACCGACAAUGCGUGGCAGUUGUGGGAACCUGAUGAGUUCAUUUGUGCCUGUGCCAAUCGUGCAAUCAGAGGAACGGGAGAGAAUGAAGGGACUGAGGCAACGUCAUCACCUGGUCCAUGCCAAGGGGAUUGCAAUCUGUGCCAGACGUCUCUUGGCACGUGUGGGUCAUGAUGCCAAUCCCAGUCCUUCCAAUGACAAGCAUUCCUCUGCCCCCAUCUGCAUCCUCUCCUUCCCUAGACAGACAGAGACAGACAGAGACAGACAGAGACAGACAGAGACAGACAGAGAGAGAGAGAGAGAG